AUGUCAUUUGCUGGUGGAGAUGCAAGCUGCUCGGCUGGUGCCAACCCUAUGACUCAAAUGCUCAAGCAAUUUGGCCAGGAUCGCUCUUUGCAGCAGGAUCGUUUUGGUGGCCCAGCACAAGGUUCAGCAGGACCAUCCACUAUUCGUUCAGCUCGUCAAGGCUUCCGUCAAGAUGAUAAUAUGGUGAAUGAAUUCUUUGGUCAAGAGCAACAUCAACGACCUGUUGGACCUGGCAUGGCAAUGGGUGGCAAUCGAGCAUUUGAAUUUUCGGAACUGCAACGAGAGUUGGAUGCUGUACGUACAGGAGCACCAGCACCUGGUGGAUGGGCUUCCGAAUUCCAACAACAGGGACCCCGCUUAUGGGAAAUCACUCCUGAUGAAGAAGCUGCUAUGGAGAAAGCAUUUCAUGAAAGUCGUGCAGCUGCUGGUCCAUCCAUGAAUGCAUCAGUAUGGCGUGAAGAAUUCAUGAAUCAUCCUGAAGCUGCUCAUAUGAACCCACAACAACGUGCCGAGUUUGAACAAGCCUUCGAGAGGCACUUUGAUUGGGCAAAUGACUUUGCUAUGCAACAAGAUAAAGGCAAGGGACGUGCUGUUGAGCUUCAUGGUAAUGCUACUUGGGAGGAUCAGUUUGCUGCAUUUGACGCCAAACCCACCGAGACGGAUGAGGAGAUUGCCAAAAAGGUCGAGGAGGCUGCUGCUGCUCAAGAUCCUGCCAUGUUUGAACAAUUUGAGAAUGUGUGGCAAGAUAUCCGUGACCAAAUGGCCAAUGAAGAUGACAAUUGGGAGGAAGAGUUCAACAACCUUACACGUGAUCCAAGCAUUUACAAGCCUGAUCUCGGUGAAUAUGUCUUUGAAACCAACAAUCCAUUCAUGACUCACGCGAAUCCAAUGCAAGAAGGCUUGCGCAUGAUGAAUGAAGGUGGCAGUUUGAGUGAAAUUGCAUUGGCAUUUGAAGCGGUGGUGCAAAAGGAUCCCAGCAAUUCCGAAGCUUGGAUGCAUCUUGGUAAUGUACAAGCACAAAAUGAAAAGGAAGAACCUGCUAUUCGUGCCCUUGAGAAAGCCGUCCAAGUCGAUGAAAGAAACUUCUCCGCCAUGAUGUCGCUUGCUGUCAGCUAUAUGAACGAGUCUUAUGAUCAUGCCGCUUAUCAAACUUUGGAACGAUGGAUGGCAGCAAAGUAUCCAGAACUUGUCAGCGAUCCAAUGCCUGCUCCAGCAACACCUUUUGAGUUACACAACCGUGUCACAGAUCUCUUCUUGACAGCUGCACGACAAGCUCCUGAAGGUACUCAGAUGGAUCCUGAUGUCCAAGUCGGCUUGGGUGUCUUGUUUUAUGGUAGCGGUGAUCUCGAGAAGGCUGUUGAUUGUUUCUUUGCUGCUCUCAAGGGACGACCUGAUGAUUAUCUCUUGUGGAAUCGAUUGGGCGCCACAUUGGCUAACAGUGGUCGAUCAGAGGAAGCAAUUGACGCAUACCACAAGGCCCUCGAGCUACAUCCCUCAUUUGUACGUGCAAGAUACAAUCUCGGUGUGAGCUGCAUCAACAUUGGUUGUUACAAGGAGGCUGCUGAACAUAUCCUGACGGGUCUAUCUAUGCACAAACGCCAAGGCGGAUCAGAAGAAGGUGUCAAUGUAUCCAAUAACCUUUGGGAAAUGCUUCGCAAGACAUUUGUCAUGAUGGGCCGAGACGAUCUUGCAUCUCAAGCCAAGGCUGGAUACGAUAUUAACAAUUUCCGUGGCGAGUUUGAAUUCUAG